UCGGCGUGGUGGGAGAGACCCGGGCCAGAAGUCUCCGCCUUUUCACUUCCAACGCCCCGGGGCCGCCCCCAACCCCAGGCGUCCUGAAAGCCCCGGGAAUCGGCCCUUUUCUUGGUCCCAACCCCUCUGGGAGAUUCCCAGAGGCGGGGAUGCUUGACGGUGACAGUUCGACUCCGACCACACUUGCGUCCCAGGGCACGGAGUCGGGGUCCUGGGCUUGAGCAGAACAAAGACCCGCUGCGUCUCCGUGCGGAAUAGUCUACGGUGGGAUCAAAACUGCGGACCCGUCUAGAGGCACAUCCUUGGCUACUCGACAGUCCUUUAAAUGUAUAUUCUCUACGGCUUUGUGUUUAAACUCUGGCGUGACCCUCACCAAUGUCGUCCAGUGACAGAAGGUGGAGGAACCAGGACAGGCACUACAACGAGGUCCCGCGGGAUCUGCCCGAUGGCGAUGGCUCGGUGAGAAGCCUCCAGGAGCUCCGAGACUGUGAGCUGGCACUCAGCGCCGACCCGCUGCCUCCGCCCCCUCUCCCCUUACAGCCACCCUUCGGCCCGCACUUCGGUGCCAGCGACACCGAGGAGCCGGCCGUGGCCCCGGAUCUCAAGCCCGUGCGGCGCUUCGUCCCCGAGUCCUGGAAGCACUUCUUCCGAGGGAAGAGGAGGAAGGACCUGGAAUGGGAUAAGCCCGUGUCGGACAUCCGAUACAUUUCCAACGGGGUGGAGUGCUCCCCACCCGCCUCGCCGGGCUGGCCGGGGCAUCGGCCCCCCCACGGCGGCGGCAGCAGCAGCAGCUGGUGCCAAGAGCCCGGCCGAGGGAGCGGGGGAAGCAUGGAUUCCCGGGGAGGUGCAGGUGCCACAUCCCCCGCAGACCCCUACGGCUCCCUGGGCCGCCCCGCACACACGGCCCGCACCUACAGCGAGAAGGUGGAGUUCUACCACCUCAAGUACGCCUACAUGAAGUCCUGGGCCGGCCUGCUGAGGAUCCUGGGGGUGGCCGAGCUGCUCCUGGGGGCCGGCGUCUUCGCCUGCGUCACCGCCUACAUCCACAAGGACAGCGAGUGGUACAACCUGUUCGGCUACUCGCAGCCCUAUGGCAUGGCCAGUGUGGGCGGCCUGGGCAGCGCCUACAGUGGCUACUACUACAGCGGCCCCAAGACCCCCUUUGUGCUCGUGGUGGCCGGGCUGGCCUGGAUCACCACCAUCAUCGUCCUGGUCCUCGGCAUGUCCAUGUACUACCGGACCAUCCUCCUGGACUCCAACUGGUGGCCCCUCACCGAGUUUGGGAUCAACGUGGCCUUGUUCGUGCUGUACAUGGCAGCAGCCAUCGUCUACGUGAACGAUACCAACCGGGGUGGACUCUGCUCCUACCCCUUAUUCAACACGCCGGUGAACGCCAUGUUCUGCCGGGUGGAGAGCGGGCAGAUAGCAGCCAUCAUCUUCCUGUUCGUCACCAUGAUUGUUUAUCUCAUCAGCGCCUUGGUGUGCCUCAAGCUGUGGAGGCACGAGGCGGCCCGGCGACACAGGGAGUACCUGGAGCAGCAGGAGAUAAGUGAGCCAUCAUUUCCAUCGAAAAGGAGAGUGUUUGAAACAGCAGCUGGCGGGGACAGGCAGAGGGACCACGAGGUGAAUUUCCAAGGGCUGAGAGGCCCCCAAAUGAAGCCCGAAGUCCUGAGCGGCUACAUCCCACCAGGCCACAUCCCGAAGCCUGUGGUGUUGCCUGACUAUGUGGCAAAAUACCCAGUCAUUCAGACGGAUGACGAGCGGGAGCGCUAUAAAGCCGUGUUCCAGGACCAGUUCUCCGAGUACAAAGAGCUCUCAGCAGAGGUGCAGGCCAUCCUGCGGAAGCUGGACGAGCUGGACGCAGUGAUGAGCAGACUGCCCCACCGCUCGGAACACCACCAGGAACAUGAGAGAAUUUCAAGAAUCCACGAAGAAUUUAAGAGAAAAAAGAAUGAUCCUACAUUUCUGGAAAAAAAAGAACGCUGUGAUUAUCUGAAGAAUAAACUGUCUCAUAUAAAACAAAGAAUCCAAGAAUAUGAUAAAGUAAUGAAUUGGGAUAUACAAGGUUACCGUUAAGCCUUAUUUGAAACCACUUUUUUAUAUAAAAACUUGAUAUUUAUUUACUGACUUUUUUUUUAAUCUGAAUCUCAGAUAGAGAAGCCAGGGCUUCCUGAUGGAGCUCUGAGUUGGUUUGGCCAAUAUGCAGUGGUCAAACACUAUAAUUUCAUGCAAACAUUUCACAGCAGGGCCAGAGAGAUGGCACAAAGGGCUGAGCACAUGCUUUGCAUGCUUGGGGUCUGGGAUUAUCCUCAGCACCGUAUGGUCCCUGAGCACUGCCAGAACAAACCCUCAGCAUAGAGCCAGGAGUAAUCCCGGAGUACCACCCGGUGUGACUCCAAAAUAACCCAAUUCUCAACAAAGUCAGGUGUAUUAAGGGCCCUAACUAAGACUGAGAGACAUUAUGUAUUCGUCUAUAUAUAACUUCUUAAUCACAGUUCUUGUUAACCUAAGGGCGACCUCAGGGGCCUGGGUGCGACUCGGUAGUUGAGCACAUGCCCAGUAUGUGUAUGGUCCUGAGUUUAGCUCCCCAGCACCACUGGGUGUGGCCCUGGUCUCCUCCGAACAUCACCAGGAGUGAGCCCCCUGUCCCCAAGCAACAAGGGGGGGGCGGGGUGGGGAAAGAAAUACUUUUUUUGGUGUGCCUGAGGUUUUCCUGUAAAGCACUUGCUCUCACCCAUGGAGCUACCUCCCUAGCCAGAAUGCCUUAUUUUUAUUCAUAUGAACAAUGAAUGCCUUAAAAAAUAUGAUAAAAAAAAAAGCAAAAACUGCAGGAACAGAAAGGUCUUUAAUGCCCUUUGUUAUUAACUCCUGUUGGGCAGCAUCUGCCUUUUGCCUUUUCCCAGGUGCUGCCUGGUGCUCGUUGCCUACCGUGCUGGCUUUGGGACAGUUCUAGUUUCCUAAAAAGCAGAGGCUUUCCAAAACUGCGGCAGGGGCCAGAGUGCGGUGGGGAGGGCAUUGCCCUGCACACGGCUGACCCAGGUUAGUUUCCUGGCAUCCCAUGUGGUCCUCAAGCCCACCAGGAGUAAUUUCUGAGCCCAGAGCCAGGCGAAACCCUGAGCAUCACUGGUUGUGGCCCAAUACCCUCCUCCCCUGAAAAAAAGCCUGUCACUGGUGAGAUCUUGGGGUUUCUUUCCCAGUGAAAUCUUAUUUCCUAUCUGUUGCUAAU